CAGCUCCUGGGGCUCCGGUGGCACGCGGCGACCGCCUGCCGGCCGAGCCUGCCGGCGGUACUGGACCAGUGGGACGCCGGGAAGGUAAACCGCUCCAGAACACGUCCGGACCCGGGAGGCUGUGUCGCGCAGAGCACUCUGGGAUUUGUAGUUCUCGAGAUGGAGCGAGCUGUGCCGCCCACGGUGCCUCUGGGUCAGAUGGAGGUGUUUCAGGCCCUGCAGCGGUUGCACAUGACUAUCUUCUCCCAGUGUUUUUCACCCUGCGGGAAGUUCCUGGCGGCUGGGAACAAUUAUGGGCAGAUCGCCAUCUUCAGCUUAUCUGCUGCUUUGAGCUCCGAGGCCAAAGAGGAAAGUAAGAAGCCCAUCGUGACCUUCCAAGCCCACGAUGGGCCUGUCUACAGCAUGGUCUCCACUGAUCGACAUCUGUUCAGCGCUGGGGACGGGGAGGUGAAAGCCUGGCUUUGGGCAGAGAUCCUCAAGAAGGGCUGUAAGGAGCUAUGGUGUCGUCAGCCCCCGUACAGGACCAGCCUGGAAGUGCCUGAGAUCAACGCUUUGCUUCUCGUCCCCAAGGAGAAUUCCCUCAUCUUGGCAGGCGGGGACUGCCAGCUGCAUACGAUGGACCUAGAGACGGGGGCCUUCACGCGGGCCCUCCGGGGCCACACAGACUACAUCCACUGCCUGGCGCUGAGGGACCGGAACCCUGAGGUGCUGUCUGGUGGCGAGGAUGGGACCGUGCGGCUUUGGGAUCUGCGCGUGGCCAAGGAGGUCCAGACAAUUGAGGUCUACAAGCAUGAGGAGUGCUCCAGGCCCCACAACGGGCGCUGGAUCGGAUGCUUGGCAACUGACUCCGACUGGAUGGUCUGUGGAGGAGGCCCAGCUCUCACCCUCUGGCACCUCCGAUCCUCCACACCCACCACCAUCUUCCCCAUGUGGGCACCACAGAAGCAUGUCACCUUCUACCAGGACCUGAUUCUGUCAGCUGGCCAGGGCCCCUGCGUCAACCAGUGGCAACUGAGUGGGGAACUUAAGGCCCAGGUGCCCGGUUCCUCCCCAGGGCUGCUCAGCCUCAGUCUCAACCAGCAGCCAGCAGCACCGGAGUGCAAGGUGGGUCCUGCAAGGAGCUGUGGGGGUCCUGGGAGGCCAGGGGUGUGGGCAGCUCAGUCACCCCCCUCUUGCCUCCAGGUGCUGACAGCUGCAGGCAACAGCUGCCGGGUGGAUGUUUUCACCAAUCUGGGCUAUCGGGCCUUCUCCCUGUCCUUCUGACCUCCCGAAGCUGGUGGGGCCGGAGCAGGAGGACCUGGACGAGGCCCUAAGCCCACCCUCUCAGGCAGGGAAGAGCCUGGGGCCUCAGCGAGCAGGGGUCGGAACUGUUUUUUCUUUUUACAAAAUAAAAUGUCAGGCUUUU